AACCUGUCGCGCGCGCGCGCGUGCCCACGUGACUCGGCGCGACCAAUGAGCGGCGCCUCCUCCUCCUGCUCCUCCUCGCUGCGGCUGCGUGGCGGAGCGAGCCGCGGGCUGCAGGAGAGACGCCGCGAUGUCCGCCGCGGACUGCCCGUCGUCACACGCUGCUGGUGGCCGUGCCCCUGCUGAGCACGCCGCGGAGCCGGCGGCUGAUCGCCAGUCGGAGCCUGAAGCGGCUGACGACGACGGCGACUUGAAGGACCUCGACUCGGAGCAGUCGCCAGGCAACGGGAGAUGCCCGGAGAAGAUGACGAGCCCGUGCCGUCGUCAUGGAGAUGACGACGUCCACGUGGCCGGCAUCGACCUCGAGCAAGUCGACGGUGGAUGCCACCACCACCAGCAGCAGCAGCAGCAGCCGGGCACGGAUCGUGCAGAAGACGACUGGACAACGUUGAGGGGGAACAGCAGCAGCAGCAGCAGCAGGAGCAGCAGCAGGAGGAGGAGGAGGAGGGGGGGGAGCGAUGGGCAGCUUGGGGCGGCCUGCGACUUCGAGCCGCCGGAGGGGGGGUUUGGCUGGGUGGUCAUGGUCGCCUCCAUGUGGUGCAACGGGGCCAUCUUCGGCAUCCACAACUCGUUCGGGAUCCUCUUCCUCGCCCUGCUCCAGUUCGGGGGCGACGCGGGCAGCAGCAGCAAGGCGUCGUUUGUGGGCGCGCUGGCCAUGGGCAUGCUCUUCCUGUGCGCGCCGGUCGUGAGUUUGUUCACCGGCCGCUUCGGCUGCCGCAUCACGGCCGUGGGUGGGGCCACCGUGGCCUUCGCUGGGCUCCUGUGCAGCUCCUUUGUGAAACAGCUGGACCUGCUGUACCUCACCUACGGGGUGGUGUUCGCCGUUGGUGCCGCCUUCGCCUUCCAGCCCUCGCUCGUCAUCCUGGGCCACUACUUCAAGCGCCGGCUGGGGCUGGUGAACGGCAUAGUAAUGGCGGGCAGCAGCCUGUUCACCGUGGCGCUGUCCUACAUCAUGAAGCACAUGCUGGCCUCGCUUGGGCUGGUGCUCACUCUGCAGGCGCUCGCUGCGCUCAUGCUGCCGCUCAUCGUUGCGGGUUUCGCCUACCGGCCCCUGAUGCCCAGGCUCCAUGUGGAAGGGGCUCGGACCAAUGCUGCCCCCUCUGGCUGUGGCCGCUGCCCUCCUUUGAGAAUAAAGACGUUCUGCGUCUGGGUGUCCGGGGUCCCCAUUGCUCUCUUCGGAUAUUUUGUGCCGUACGUCCAUCUCAUGAACUACGUGAAGGAAAACCUGGAUGCGGAGGCUGCGCAGCACGAUUACGUGCUCAUCAUCUGCAUCGCUGUAUCUUCUGGGCUGGGCCGCCUCGGCUUCGGUUGGCUGGCGGACAUCAUCCCCGGGGUCAAGAAGGUCUACUUGCAGAUCGUCGCUUUCCUGGCGGUGGGCCUCAUGUCGGCGCUCAUCCCCAUGUGCUCCUCGCUGGGUUCCCUGGUGGCGGUGUGCAUCGUCAUGGGGCUGUUUGACGGCUGCAUCACGUCGCUCAUGGCCCCCAUCUGCUUCGAGCUCGUGGGACCGCACCACGCCUCGCAGGCCAUCGGCAUCGUGCUGGGCCUCAUGUCUGUGCCUAUGACCGUUGGGCCUACGGUGGCAGGUCUCCUCCGGGACUUGACGGGCUCCUACGACAUCCCCUUCUACCUGGCGGGCGUGCCGCCGCUAGUCGGCAGCGGCGUGCUCUGUUUUGUGCCGUACGUGGCCGUGCGUGCGCCCAAGGAGGAGCAACAGGGCCCCGAGGUGGGGGGGGCGCGGGGGACUCCGCUGACUCCCGGCGGCGCGGGCGACACGGCGGGGUCAAGGGGGCAGCUCCUGCUCAGAUCUCCGGCCGAGGACAACGCUCCGCUGCCCGCCGGCCCGUGAAGUCAAUCCGAGCUCUGUUAAGAAAGCAGCGCGAAAUGUCAUCGUCGGUAAAAGGAAGCGUUUUCAUUUUUUCGUCGUGGAGUUAAACGUUUCCGCGUAGAACACUAACCGUUUGACCUCUAUUUAAUGUUCAUCCCACAUUUUUUUGUUUUGGAAUCAUCUUGUACGGCCUAAAAAUUUCACGGUGUUUCUUGACAUCUCGACAUCCCAAAUACCUGCGGGCCCAUGCUGUGGGUAUUCUGUCGAGUUGUUCAGUGCAGGAGCUCGCGAUGUUUUUAGAUGAGCCGAUGUCUGUGGGAUCGUCGCUUCGAGUCCAGGCUGAUCGCAAAGAGUGCCGGGCGCAAGUAGCAUGGUGCGCACAACUGCGCGUGGCGUUCCCCUCGCGAUGAUGUGACACUACGUCGCUCCGGGCCCCAGUUGGCUCACAGCGCGACGCUGAUUUUUUUUGUUGUUUUUAAAGCAUGACAUUUUUAGACGCACUGUGAGCUUUUAAAGCCCUUUUUGUAUUUUUUAAUGGAUUGCAUUUUUGUAGUAGAUUCAGCUGUAGGUAGGUUUGGUUUACAAGUCUCUACACCGGUGACGGUAGUGUAGAGCUUCGCGUAUACUUUAGGUUCGUCCGCACAGUGUUAUACUUAGUUGCCGGAAAUCCUCAAUCGAGCUGCAGACUCUACUAGGGUCCAGCUCCUCCUUGCUCAGUUGAUGCAGGGCCAACUCAUCAAUAAGAUGACCGCUGUGAUUUCCUAUCAAGUGGUACUGUGUACACGUUAUCGACCUACGGAGGGGAUGAUAGGGCGAGUUGACCCUUGACUGUGAUUUGAACUCAACACCUCAUGAUUGCGAGGUAUGCGCUGUUAACCGAGCGUGAGGGAUUGGCCGUUAUGAAUUGAUCGCCUUGAUUCCUGCCGAGUUAUGCUUGCAGUAUUCCCUCAUCAUUUGCCAGGGAUACGUUCCGACGAUGCUUGUGAAUCUCACAUUUUUUUGUGAGUUACCUUAUCAAUGAGCAAAUAAAGACGUUAAAUUAUCAUAAUCAAAAAAACAUUGGUAAUUAAAAAGAAAUAUCAAAUAUUAUAAAUAGAUGUGAAAGCAACUCAUCGCUUGAUCUCUCAUCACAUUAUCUUUUCACUACAUCUCUUCACUUCACCGCAUCACAUUCUCUCUCAUCACUUUUUCUCCCUCUCUAUCGCUCGAUGGUGUCCGUGCAGAGUUUCAGAUGCGAUUCGUGGAUAGCCAAAAUCGCGGAUAGCUCGUUCGUGAAUAACGAGGGAAUACUUUACAAGCGGCAAAGUGGGGGGGGGGGGGGGGGGUCUCAUGCCCCCCCCCCUUCCCCUCUCAAUAGUUUCCUACCUCAAAGCACUUCUGAGUUAGCUUACAAAGCACCUGGACUCGCUUGCCUCUCACGUUGCACUCAACUCUGCAAGUUGCCCGGUGCGUGCCUCAACAAAGUAGCCACGAUGCUCCGUCAAACCGUGUUAAGCGCUUGAGUAGAUGUUUUUGUAUCGGUAUAAAUUGCUGUUAAAAAUUGAGAAUGAGUCAAUUUGAUACGUUCAAAUAACAAUACUUAUUUUAUUACAUUACGUUUUAUUUGUUUACCCAUGGGCGAUAUGCCGCUGUUUCCUAAUUGUGUAAUUUGCAAAUAAGUUUUUGGUUUUACUUGCCAAAUCUUGACCAUGAUGCCAUUGCGCCAUAGCCUAUUCUUCUUUUGAAUGAUGUCACGGGAUCUUUAACUUACACUGGUUAAUACAUCCUGUUAAGCCACAUGACAUCGAUAACUGUACAACCAUUCAGUUCCAUCGUGAAUAUCCUCAACCUCUGUUCUGUUUUCUUUUCGUUUCAAUGAUUUUCCAUCGGGGAGCUGUGGGUUGAGGAGUGUAUCUGUUCUUGUGCCUCGACUCGUUUCUACGACCAUCACAAAACCGUGAUCUCUCUGUGCCAUGCAUACACGCACACACGAGAAGCAGCUAUAAAUGGGCUGGUCUGCGCAGCAACCGAUACAGGGUUCUUACACAGAGCUUUCAGUCUGGUCCAUGGACUUGUGUACACGCUUUCUACCGCUGUGGACAAGAUGUGAAAGAUUUUGAUGUAAAGCUUUCGUGAUUGCAGGGAUUCAUCUUCUUGGUUCUUUGGGUAAAGUCACGUAGAAGGGAAAUAAUAAAAAUACAAUUAAAUAAACAUAAUAAAAUAAUACAAAUAAAACAUAAUAAACAUAAUAAAAUACAAUGUAUUAAAUAAUGUUUUAUUUUUAUUAUUUUAUUAUUUCCUGUCUACAUGACUUUACCGAAAGAACCAAGAAGAAGGUGUGAUAGGCCACCAAUCGUACGUGGCGUGUACCUUAUUAAGCACGGUUCCUCCAUCUCUCAACACUGCUGCCAUCACUGCCACUCUGAAAGACCCCCAACAUAACCUUGUAUUCAUCAUCAAGCCCCUUGGGAGAAUCUAAUGCUGGUCAAAGGCUUCUCCGUACCCCUCUUCACAGCCUACACCACCCAGUCCACCCCCGUGUCACUUCUGUCUCCCCUCGAGUGCCGUCGAACUACGCGCGUGGCUGGUAAUUAUUCCCUGACUGCUGCUGCUGUUUCUGUGCAUCUCUAUACAAGUGUCUUCUCAGAAACCUGUCUGUGCUAUUGUUCCACGAGGUUGCCAUUGGAUUUUCUCAAUGUGUCCGUCGAUCCACUUGGAAACAACCAUCCCUGGUUCAACACUGCCCAGCGUUGCCAUGGUACUGAUACCCAGUUAUGGCGUUCGCCAACCCCCCCAGACCACGCUGUCGUAUCCUGAUGUAGUCUCUCGCCUUGGACUGGUUUGUGCUUUUUCCAGCUCAAUAUCCCCAAAAGUGGAAAUAUCUUAUGCAACAAGUCUCUACUUGGUGAAACAUGGAAUUCAAGCCAAAAACGCAAGCCUUAAACUUCGUAAAUAAAUGUAAAGCAGAUUGAUUGUAAACGGAUUACGUUUUUGUUACGGUAACUGUUCUUCCGUGCAAUUCAGAAUGAAAUACGAAAAUUGAAUGAAAUCACGGCGUCGUAUGCCUGUGUAUAUGGCGUGAAAAAAAAAAACAGUUUACCGUUCAUGCUCGACAUUUGUCCACAUGCUUGUAAAGCUAAUCAUUCAAAAUCCUUAUUCUUUUGUUCUUUCGGUAAAGUCACGUAGGUAUAAAAUCAAAUAAAGCACGACGUUUCGAUCGCAACACAAACGGUCGUCCUGUUGCGAUCGAAACGUGAUUUGUUUUAUUUUAUACCUACGUGACUUUACCGAAAGAACCAAAGAGUAUGGAUUCCUGCAGUCACGAAAGCUUCAAAUCAAGAUUAAAAAUCCUACAAAAACGUAAAUGAAGGAAAGAAAACAGGGAACAUUCUUGCCAGUCAAUUAUUUUUUUACACUCGCAAAGAUUUAGCACGAAUUGGUACUACCACCUAAGCUAGCAAAGCUUUUAAUGGCACCAAUGUGUUUAUCUAAGAGAGUUUUUUUUCUCCCCCCUCUUCAAAUAGCCCACUCGCUUGAAAUGGUUGUAUAACGUAGCUCACGAGUAUGAGCGACGUAAAUAAAUUGGAAACAUCUUCUUGGUUCUUUUGGUAAAGUCGCGUGCAUUUACCGAAAGAACCAAGAAGAUGAAUCCCUGCAGUCACGAAAGCUUUAAAUCGAAAAAUUGGAACCUCUCAAAGCGAUUUCCACCACGGGUGGUAACGACACGUGAGGUGUCUGGCCUCGUGGACGUCUGCAUAGCUGGCUGUGUUCAGGCUGUUGCUCGCUUGGCCGCAUUUUUCCCACGUGCUUAACGUUACCUCCAACCCCCUCCUUGUCAUGUGCACGCAGCGAAUCGUUACACUUGAGCUGUGGGUGUUUACGUGAAGAUGUUCUUAAAGGAGCUCGUUUAUAACCUCUUGUACUUUUGCUAGAAAUGUGAAAAUCCUUUGACAAUAAAUUUCAUUUGAAACCCA